UAGUUAUUUCUCGCCUGGCACGCGCCGGGGCCGCCGCCGCCGCUGGUACUGCUGCUGCUGCUGCUACUGUCGCCGCGGCGGGGGCCGCUCGCAAACCUGUGGCGGUGACGUGACACCCGCCAACCCGGAAACGGCGGCGGCCGCGGCACCGGAGGCUCAGGCGCCCGCGCUCCCCUCGCCCGCCCGGGCCGCAGGAGAAGAAACUGAGGCUUGGAGUUUGAGUAAUUCAUUCAAGGUUACCAAGUUGAUAGAAGGAGCAGGACACAAUCACCAGCACUGGCUGAAGGUACCUUAACAUGGGGAAUCUUCUUAAAGUUUUGACAUGCACAGACCUUGAGCAGGGGCCAAAUUUUUUCCUUGAUUUUGAAAAUGCCCAGCCUACAGAGUCUGAGAAGGAAAUUUAUAAUCAGGUGAAUGUAGUAUUAAAAGAUGCAGAAGGCAUCUUGGAGGACUUGCAAUCAUACAGAGGAGCGGGCCAUGAAAUACGAGAGGCAAUUCAGCAUCCAGCAGAUGAGAAGUUGCAAGAAAAGGCAUGGGGUGCAGUUGUCCCACUAGUAGGCAAAUUAAAGAAAUUUUACGAAUUUUCUCAGAGGUUAGAAGCAGCAUUAAGAGGUCUUCUGGGAGCCUUGACAAGUACCCCAUAUUCUCCCACCCAGCAUCUAGAGCGAGAGCAGGCUCUUGCUAAACAGUUUGCAGAAAUUCUUCAUUUUACACUCCGGUUUGAUGAACUCAAGAUGACAAAUCCUGCCAUACAGAAUGAUUUCAGCUAUUACAGAAGAACGUUGAGUAGAAUGAGGAUUAAUAAUGUACCAGCAGAAGGAGAAAAUGAAGUAAAUAAUGAAUUGGCAAAUCGAAUGUCUUUGUUUUAUGCCGAGGCAACCCCAAUGCUGAAAACCUUAAGUGAUGCCACAACAAAAUUUGUAUCAGAGAAUAAAAAUUUACCAAUAGAAAAUACCACAGAUUGUUUAAGCACCAUGGCUAGCGUAUGCAGAGUCAUGCUUGAAACACCGGAAUACAGAAGCAGAUUUACAAAUGAAGAGACAGUGUCAUUCUGCUUGAGGGUAAUGGUGGGUGUCAUAAUACUGUAUGACCAUGUACAUCCAGUGGGAGCAUUUGCCAAAACUUCCAAGAUUGAUAUGAAAGGUUGUAUCAAAGUUCUUAAGGACCAACCUCCUAAUAGUGUAGAAGGUCUUCUAAAUGCUCUCAGGUACACAACAAAACAUUUGAACGAUGAGACUACCUCCAAGCAAAUUAAAUCCAUGCUGCAAUAACAGUUCUGGAACAAGCAUCUGCUGUAGACAGAAGACAGUAUUCUGCAAUGACUGAGAAUGCACAGUUUUUUAGUGAUUGCAAUUACUAUCUCAUUUAUUCUUGCUUUUAUUUCUUUCCUCUGUUCCUCUUCCCUCUUUUUUAAUCAUGUUCUUCUUCUUACAACUUCUUUUCUGUGCCAAAAUCAGUAAAGUUAUACUCUUGAAGGGAUAUUGUCCUUUCAAACAGGCCAUCUAAGGCAGCUAAUUAUGCAUUGCAUUGGGGUCUCUACUGAGAAAAAUUCUGUGACUUGAACUAAAUAUUUUUAAAUGUGGAUUUUUUUUGAAAACUAAUAUUUAAUAUUGCUUCUUCUGCAUGGCAAAACUGCCUAUUCUGCUAUUUAAAAACCCUCAAUGACUUUAUUUUCUACUGCCGCUUUUUUCAUGUGCAGCCAAAAUGAAAAUGUUUAAAUUAACUGUGUUGUACAAAUGGUACCCAACACAAACUUUUUUUAAAUUAGUAAGACUUUUGUUUAAAGUUUUAAGUUUGCAUUUUGACUUUUUUUUGUAAGGAUGUAUGUUGUGUGUUUAACCUUUAUUAACUAACGUUAAAAACUGUGAUGUGUGCGUAGAAUAUUACGUAUGCAUGUUCAUGUUUAAAGAAU